GAAUUGAAUGAUCAAAUUUGUUUGCAAUCAUGUUUUAAGAUAAUAACACUUUGAGGUGAUCGCUUUGUGGGGAGUCAAUCAUAUUUUAUUAGUAUUUGGCAGUAUUUAAUCCAACAGUGUAUACUGAGAUAUACUUUCAUUUUAUAUUUAUUUAUUAUCUGAAAUUUAGUGCCGGUCAAAACACUUAUUGGUGUUUGAGUGUAUUAUUGUUUUUAUUUUUUCUAAAUUCGAUUGACAUAUUUUGGAUACAAUUAUAAGGGAUGCCGGAACAAUCAGAAGUAGUUAUAAGUGGAAUUGCUGGAAGGUUUCCAGAAUGCGAUUCUACUGAAGAAUUCAAAGAAAAGUUGUAUAACAAUGCAGAUUUGUUGACAAUUGACAACAGAAGAUGGUCACCUGGUAUGUAUGGUGCACCAUCUCGUUCAGGAAAAUUGAAAGAAAUUAAUAAAUUUGAUGCGGAAUUUUUUGGAAUUCACGCAAAGUUGGCUAAUUCUAUGGAUAUACAACUUAGAAUUUUGUUGGAAGUAACACAUGAAGCUAUUAUGGACGCUGGUGUCAAUCCGCAAGAAAUUCGUGGCACUAACACAGGAGUGUACGUUGGUAUGAUGACUACAGAGUCUUCAGACUUUUUUGAGCGCACUCCUGAAAAGCUUAGUGGAUAUGAAACCAUCGGCGCUAUUAGGUCUAUGUUGGCUAACAGACUUUCAUUUCAGUAUGAUUUAAAAGGUCCAAGUGUAGCAAUAGACACAGCAUGUUCAAGUGGUCUGUUUUGUUUAUAUGAAGCAAUUUCAGCAAUUAAAAGUGGUCAUUGUGAUGCUGCUAUUGUAGCUGGUACUAAUUUAUUACUCAAACCAGCCGUUUCUGUCAUGUAUCACAAGUACAACAUGCUUAGUCCGACAGGGACGAGUAGGCCUUUUGAUAUUGGUGCUAAUGGUUAUGUUAGAAGUGAAGCAAUUGUUGCUUUAUACAUAAGAAAAUCUAAAGACGCAAAGAGAAUUUAUGCUACUGUAGUUGGAUCUUACACCAAUACAGAUGGUUUUAAAACACAAGGAGCAACUUAUCCAUCACGUUUCGUACAAAGUGAACUUAUCAGAGCUACUUAUGCUAGAGCCAAUUUAAAGCCCACAGAUGUACAUUAUGUUGAAGCACACGGAACCGGAACUGGGGUUGGUGAUAAACAAGAAUUGGAUGCUAUAUCAGAUGUUUUUUGCGAAGGCCGCAAAAGUCCUUUGCUAAUUGGAUCGGUUAAAUCAAACGUUGGUCAUUCUGAACCUGUAUCGGGUUUAGUUUCUAUUGCUAAAGUUAUUUAUGCUUUGGAAACAGGAAUAAUACCUGCCAAUAUUAAUUUUGAAACUUUAAAUCACAAUAUAGAGAAACUUGUUAGUGGAGAACUUAAGGUUGUCGAUAAACAAAUGCCACUACCCGGAGAUUUAGUAUCUAUAAACUCAUUUGGUGUAGGAGGUACCAAUGUCCAUAUUAUACUUAAAGCGCACAAUAAAAAUACUCAGAAGCAUAGUUUACUUAAACAAGAUAUACCAAGAUUAGUGUUUUUAUCAGGGAGAACUAGAGAAAGCUUAAAUGAACAAUUUGAAAUUAUUGAAAAACAUGCAAAUAAUGCUGAUUUAUUAACAUUAAUUGAUGACAUUUACAAAAAACCAAUUCCUGGGUACAAACUUUCUGGAUACUCUAUUCUUGGACAAAAUCCAUCAAAUGUUGAAAUCGCGCAAGGUAACAUAUCUGGUGAUAAAAGACCAAUUUAUUUCAUCUUUCCAGGCAUGGGGAGUCAGUCAUUAGAAUUAGUGAAAGAUUUAAUAAAGUUCCCAGUAUUUAAAAAUCUUGUUGAAAGGGCUCAUAAAAUACUUCUUCCGUAUGGUUUUAGCGUAAAUGAUUUGUUUUAUAAAUCAAAUGAAGAUACAUUUAAAGAUAUAACAAACGUCACCAUAACAAUAGUUAUUGUUCAGAUGGGUUUGACUGAUAUACUUUCAUCCUUGGGAAUCAUACCUGAUGGAAUAAUUGGACAUUCAGUCGGAGAAUUAGCUUGUGCUUAUGCAGAUGGUUGCUUUACAGUGGAACAAACAUUGAUGACUAUGUAUUGGAGGUCUCGUGUUUUGAUGGAAAUUGAUAUUAUUCCUGGUGCUAUGGUUGCUGUAGGAUUGUCAUGGGAAGAAACCAUCAAAAGAUUACCAGAAGGAAUAAUUGCUGCUUGUCAUAACAGUGCAGAUAGCGUCACAAUAUCUGGACCAAAAGAUAUUACAUUAAAAUUUGCAGAAACUCUACAAAAUGAAGGAAUAUUCGCUAAACCCGUUGAUUCAUUAGGAUAUGCCUUCCACUCACCUUACUUACAAAAACUAAUUCCAGCUCUUAAACCUUAUUAUUCUAAGAUAAUGACAAAUCCAAAACCAAGAACUAACAGAUGGAAGAGUACAUCUCUACCAGAAAGCCAAUGGAAUACAGAAGAAGCCAAAUACUCAUCAAUGGAAUAUCAUUUGAAUAAUAUUAGUUCUCCUGUAUAUUUCCAUGGAGCUUUGCAACAUAUACCAGAAAAUGCCAUUACAAUUGAAAUUGCUUCGCAUUGUCUCUUACAAGCAAUUUUAAAGAGAGCCUUACCUCCCACAGUUACAAAUGUGGGUUUAACUAAGAAACAAGCUCCAGAUCAUACGUUAUAUUUAUUAGAAGCUAUUGGAAAGCUUUAUAUUGCUGGUGCCGAACUAGAUUUACAAAAUCUUUAUGGUAAAGUAGAGUAUCCAGUUUCAAAAAAUACUCCUAUGAUAUCUCCUAUGAUAAAAUGGGAUCAUUCGAAUGAAUAUGUAGUGCCUAAUUUUGUGGAAAAAGGUUCUGGUUCAAAUGAAAAUGUAGUUGAGGUGUCAAUAAAUUCAGAUCAAGACAAAUAUUUAGUUGGUCAUACAAUAGAUGGUCGUGUAUUAUACCCAGCUGCAGGAUACAUGACUCUUAUAUGGAAAGCAUUUGCAAAACUACAGGGGAAAUGGUUUGAAGAUGUACCUGUUGUUUUCCAAAAUUUAAAGUUUUUGAGGCCUACUGUUUUAAACCAUGAUACAAUUGUUAAGUUUGAAAUCAACAUUUUAAAUAGUUCCGGUGAUUUUGAGCUACUUGAAGGCGGUUCACUAACAGUUUCCGGUAAUAUACGUUUAUCAAACGAAAGCACUUAUGAAAAUAAACUUCAACAUAUUUCAUCUGUUUCUGAAAAGAUGGACUUAAAACCUGAUGAUUUCUAUAAAGAGCUUAGAUUGCGUGGAUACCAAUACAAAGAUGAUUUCUUAGGAUUUAUUGAAGCAAAUAUUGAAGGUUCUAAGGGUAAAGUAGCUUGGACAGGAAAUUGGGUUUCAUAUAUUGAUACUUUAUUACAAUUUGAACUAAUAUCUAAAAAAUCCAGAAAACUUCGUUUACCAACAUAUAUAAAAGAAGUCGUUAUCGACCCAUUAUAUUUUAAAUCUAUGAAUGAAAAAUCAUUAAAUUCAAAAGAAAUAGAAGUCAAUCAUUUUGCUUAUGCUAAGACUACACAAUCUGGUGGUGUUACAAUAUCAAAAUUAACAGUAACACCAGCGCCACUGAAAAAAAAUACACAGCCUGCUCCAACAUUGGAACAUCAUUCAUUUAUACCUUAUAAUUAUGUAAAUAAUAAUCUAUCAACUUAUGAAGUUCUUUAUGCAAUGGUUGGAUUAAUUAUGGAAAAUGUAGGAACACAUCAUUUAAAAGUAGCAGAAAUAUAUAAUAAGAAUGUAUUUGCUACUGAUAUUGUUGAAAUUAUUGAAGCUGAAGCGAAUUUUUAUGCUGAUUAUUCUAUUUUGUCAAACGGUGCAAUUAAUUUUGAUGAAAAUAAAUUGUUGGCUCUAGAUAUUAAGAGCGUCAAUCAUAACAUAAAAAUCGAUCCUUUACCUGAAGAGUACCACUUAAUUGUAUUCGAAGAUUCACAAUUUGAUACAGAUAUAUUAAACAAAAUUUCUUCAGCGUUAACUUUUAGAGGUUUUGUACUUUUGAUUGAAAAUACAUCUGCAAAAUUUACAACUUCAAGCUCUGUGGAUCUCCAACAAGUUGCUGUAAUAGAAAACAAUGCCAAAAAGUACUUCUUAUUAAAAAAAGUAUCUCCAAAAUACGAAUAUACUACCUUAAAAAUCGAAGAUGAAGAAUUUUCUUGGUUCGACUCUCUUAAAAAAGAAUUAGAAAAUCAUAGAAAUAAUCUUAAUAUGAAAAUAAUAUUGUACAGCGAUAAAAACAUUAAUGGUGUUCUUGGUUUGGCUAAAUGUUUAGUUGAAGAAUAUUCAGGCAUUGAUAAUCCAAUAAGGUGUAUACUUGCUGGUCCUGGUAAAAAAUAUACUUUAAAAGAUUUUGCUCCUCUUUUGGAAGUAGAUCUAUUCUUCAACGUAGAAAGAGAUGGUAAAUGGGGAUCAUAUCGUCAUUUACCAAUUGAUAGAAACAUAUUUUCGACCAUGGAAACGUCAGAUGCAGUGGCAACAGUACAAUCAAAAGGUGAUCUGACGACAUUGCAGUGGGUACAAGCAUCUAACUAUUUAAAAGAUACUGGAAACAAUUCAAUCAAAAUUUCUUAUGUUGGUAUAAAUAAUGUUGAUUUAAAUGCAGUUUCUUCAAUGAAAACUGAAUUUGGAGUUGAAUUUUCUGGAAUAAAAUCAAAUGGUAAAAAGGUAAUGGGAUUAGUACAUUCUGGAGCAUUAUCAUCUUCAAUUAAUGAAAAUUAUGCUCUUUUAUGGGAUGUUCCUCAAAAUUGGACUUUACAACAAGCAGCAACUGUACCAUUCGCUUUUUCUAUGGCUACGUAUGCUUUAGUACACAAAGGAAAACUCCCAGGGCUCAAAAAUGUCCUAGUAUAUGCUAAUGAAAACCCAGUGAAUUAUGCUAUUAUUUCAUUAUCUUUAUCGUUGAAGUGCAAAGUUUUUGUUGUUGCUGAGUCUACAAAUCAUUUAGAAUUUAUAAGUACUCAUUUCCCUGGCAUCAGUCAAUUAUCAACCACUAAAAUUGAUACAAAAUUUGUCAAUAUGGUAUUACACUCUACUAGCAACCACGGUGUAGAUUACGUUGUUGCAUCAAAUAAUAUAUCAGAGCGAUUACCAGAAUUACUUGCUGAAAAUUCUACUGUAAUUGUUAUUGAAGAUAUAGACAUGUCUGCCCUAUCAAAAUCUUCAGUUACAUUUGGAGUAUUAUCAGUUAAAUCAAAUGAAGUUUUAUCCUUAGUAAAAGAAAAAAAUACUGAUUUGUAUUCGUUAAUGGACAUAAAAAUAAAAAAUGAUCUCAUUAAACCUUUACCGCAUAUUGAAUUCUUGUAUUCAGAUAUCGAAUCAGCUUUUAGAACUUACAAUAAUAAUAAAUCUGGAAAGAAAAUCAUUGUAGAAGUAAAUGGAAAUUCCAUAAAGAAACACUUUAAAACAAAUUCUCGAAUAUACUUUGAUACAAAGAAAAGUUACAUUCUUUCAGGAGGUCUUGGUGGAUUUGGACUCGAACUUACUGAUUGGGCAAUAACCCGCGGUGCAAAAAAUAUUGUCCUUUGCUCUAGAAGUGGAUUACAAACUGGAUAUCAAAAAUAUAGAGUUAGUUGUUGGAAGGAACAAGGAGCUAAUAUUGAAAUUAGUACGUACGAUCUUACUACAUUAUCAGGUGCUAAAGAGACAUUAAAGUUAGCCUCAAGCUUGGGUCCAGUCAGUGGAAUAUUCAAUUUAGCCGGCGUUUUACGAGACGCUAUUUUUGAGAAUCAAAUAGUUGCUAACUUCCAUAUUGUGUAUGACAGUAAAGUGUUAACUACUAAAUACUUAGAUGAAGCAUCUAGAAGUUUAGCUGAGAAUUUAGAUUACUUUGUUACAUUUUCAUCGAUAUCUUGUGGAAGAGGAAAUAGGGGCCAAACAAAUUAUGGUUAUGCCAAUUCAAUAAUGGAAAGAAUUUCAGAAGAAAGACAAAAACUAGGCCUCGCAGCUCAAUCAAUUCAAUGGGGAGGUAUUGGUGACGUUGGAAUGGCAUACCUUUUAACUCGUGGAAAUGAUGAAAAAGAAAUAAAUGGAACUUUGGGUCAAAAAAUAUCAUCUUGCUUAAAAGUAUUGGAUAUAAUUUUGCCAUGUAAAUCACCUGUGGUGGCUUCACAUGUAAUACCUAAUAAAAGAAAACAAUCCAGUAGUUCUGAAGUGCAAUCAUUAACAACUAUUGUUGCUAAUAUUAUGGGUAUUCAAGAUCCAGAUUCUAUAAAACCAACAGCUACAUUGGCUGAUUUAGGUAUGGACUCUUUAAUGGGAGUAGAUAUCAAACAAUCAAUUGAACGCAGUUAUAAAAUAACGAUGACCAAUACACAAAUACAACAAUUGAAAUUCAGUGAGUUAGAAAAAGUUGGCUCUAAAUAAUUGUUUGUUAGAGUGAUGUUUUUCUUUAACAUUUCAUGAAGUCGAAUAGCUAUAAAUUAUUUUUAUGUUAAACAAAAAUAAAAUGUAUGAAUAUUAGAGUAUCUAUGUAUAAUAAUUUGAAUAACUAAAUCUGAAUUAAAUUUAUAUACGCGUGAAAAAAUGUGAUAAGUCUAUAAAAAAAAAUUUCUAUUUAAAAUAAAAAUUUUUGUAAAAAGUUAUUAGUUUAAAACAUAUAAAUGUGU